CAUAACCUAUUUAUACAUACGGCGACUUGCUUCUCUCUCUCUUUCUACAUUCACACAAGUUUGUAGUUGCGUUUCGCUCGGGGUCUCCGAUUUCAUCGGCAAUCGGAUCAAAAUGUUUUACUCUCACCAGCUACUAGCUCGCAAAGCUCCGCUGGGACAGAUAUGGAUGGCCGCGACGAUGCAUGCAAAGAUACACCGAAGAAAGCUUGACAAGCUCAACAUUAUCAAAAUCUGUGAACAGAUUUUAAAUCCUUCAGUUCCUAUGGCUCUCAGACUGUCGGGAAUUCUCAUGGGUGGAGUUGUAAUUGUUUAUGAAAGAAAAGUAAAACUCCUCUAUGAUGAUGUCACCCGACUGUUGGUGGAAAUAAAUGAAGCUUGGAAGGUUAAAAGUGCUCCGUCGGAUUUAACCAGACUUCCGAAGGGCAAAUCUCAAGCCAAAUAUGAAGCUAUUACAUUGCCACCAAAUCAUGACGAAGACCUCGGUGAGAUUGAGCAACCACUUCCAUAUUCAGAUGCAACCACCAUUAUGGAUUUUCAGCAUACUUCGUAUAUUUCCAUGAGACUGGACAACGUGGAUGACCCUUAUUUAGAUUCAAAUCUGCAGGGUGAUCUAAACCAGGAUCACCAUCAAGCUGAUGCUGCUAAUAUUACGUUAUUUGAUAAUUAUGAUUCAUAUCAGGCUAAUACCACUACAUUCAAUUGCUUUGAAAGGUUUGAUAUUGAAGGAGAUAAUGAGACCCAACUGAAUUUCACUCCACCUGAAAACACUGAGUUCCCAAGUAGUCUCAUACCAUCACCACCUCGUCAAGAGGAACUCCAUAAAUCUGAUGGAAUCCAGGAACAACAACCUGAGGAACAAGACAAGCCGCAUUCCAAAGAAAGCAAGGGAGCAAAUCAGCGGGAUCACAUGAGGCCAAGGCCCUCUCGGAGGAGGGCCAGAAGACCUGCAGCUCUUGCAAUGGACUUUGACCAAAACAUCAUCCCUGGUCCAAUAUAUCAAUCUUGGCUUCAGAAUUCCUCUGAUAUUGUCUCAAGAAGAGGAAGGAAACAAAAGCUUCCCACAGAUGCCUUGUCUACAAUGAAGAUAGCCACUCUCAUGGGCCUGCCUUCUGUUGUACUGGUGGAGAAGUUAGUUACGAGUGGAAAUAGACAAGUUCAUUAUCCGGCAGCCCUUCUGGAAAUGUGGAUGAGAAGUACCCAACCUCCACAUGAUUCACCUUCUGGUCGAAGCUCUCAUCUUCAGCCACCAGAACCAUCAUCAUCAUCUCCACCAGAAAGAAUGCAUUUUAUGGAACCAAUGGGAGAUCCUUUUGAAGAUUUUCACAGCAGAAUUGGAUCCCAAUCAAUGGGAAUUUCCAUUGAGAAGCAACGAGCAAAUGCCCAUGACACUGAGAUGCCACCAGAGAUAUUAAUGGAGGAGUUCAGGAACAACCUUAAAAACAAUGGAUUGGGAGAAAAAGAGGCUAAUGGAAUGAGUGCAUCUAAGGCCAAUCUGAUGGCUACCCCCGGAAAUUCUGGUGACGAGAUAAGGUCAAUUCCCAGCUCAGGGUCAGGGCAUGGUUUCUUCUCACACAAUUCGGACAUCAAUUCAGGACGGUCCAGCAAGAAAAGACCCCUGUCCGCUUCCAGGAACAGUGGAAAUGGCCUUGACCCUGUGGCGGAGGAGCCCUCGUGGCAGCAUUCUGAUCCAAACUUUAAGUUAGCUAGGCUAUCUGAAAAUGGUUUAUCACCAGAUAAUGAUCUUCUGGUAGAAACUGGACCAACCCAAACACAAAAGCAUCCGGUUGUUAAUCAGCCACUUGACCAGAUAACUGAUUCCAUCAGAAUGCACUUGAAGACUCACUUUGACACACCGGAAUCCGCCAACGCAGAAUCCCUAAAGCAGUUAGCUUUUGGGAUGAACAAAAAACGAGCAGCAUGUCUUUUCUAUCAGACUUGUGUUCUUGCUACACGGGACUACAUUAGGGUCGAACAAAAGGUACCAUAUGGAGACAUACUAAUCUCCAGAGGUGCAAAGAUGUAAAAUGAACUAGGAGGAAUUUGACGCAGAUACUUUCUAGCUGUAACAAGUAAGGUGUUUAAUAUAUAUCACUAGCUUUAAGCAUAGCCGUCUUCCUUAUACUGAUCAUCCUGUUUCACAGUCCAUUAUAUGUUAAUGUUCUCUGAUCAAAUUGUCAUUGUUGGAAAAACACUUGAUGCUGCUGGAGAUGGAUGUUCAUAAUUGAACAAAAAAAUAUU